AUGUAUCCCUGGCAUGGGAUCCCAAACCACUCCGCGCCGCAACCGCAAUCACAACCGCAACAACCGCAUCCAAGUCCCCAUGCGCAACAUGCACAGCAUUCACCAUCAGCAGCGCAUUCACAUUCGCACUCCACAUCGACCUCUUCCCCAUCCACGCCAUACCAAAUGCCGCAUUUACGAUGGAUGCCCUCGAUGAUGUCGCGCCAGCAGCCGCAGCCGCAGCAGCAACACCAGAAUACAACCAGCGGUAGCACAAAUGCGACGCCGAGUAUAUCGUCGAAUCUGCGCAUGGGCCAAAACGCGAAUCACCAGGCUGUGUCGGUGGUUGUUGAGACGAGGCCCAUGCCGCUGGCGCAAGGUGGUCGGGGACCCGGGGAGGAAGAUGUGGAGGGGUCGGAGGAGAGUGAUCAGGAUGGGGGAAGGAAUAUGGUUGUUUUGGAUCCGGGGGAUCCGGGUUAUGCGCCGUCGCCUGGGGAGGGUGAUGCUGGGGGUGGACGACGGAGGAGACAUGGUGGAGGAGGUGGUGGAUUGGCGAUUGCGAAUGAUGAUCGGGAUAACCCUAUCGACGAGGCGGAUAUGAACACUGCCAACCAACUCAUGGCUGCUGGUAACAAUGGGGAAAGCAGCGAACGCAAACAUGGCAAGCGCUUAACGACAUCUGAAGAAGUGUCUCUCUUUGAAAUAUGCAACCGCCACGCCCCCGACUUCGGACAGCGAAGCAACCUCUGUAAAUGGUGGAUCACGGUCACCGCCGAAUUCACCCGCGACCAAGGCCAUCCGUACUCGUGGCAUUCUGUCCGGCGUAAAGUCGAGAUGGUCACGAAGCAGCGCAUGCGGUUUCUCGAGGAACAACGUGAGAAAGGCGCCGCUGCCAGUGAAGAUUUGUCGAAUACUAGAUGGCGCGCUGCUGUCGAUGCUUGGAUACCCACGUGGCAGAAAUGGGAGGAGGCAGAGACAAGGAGGAUUGAGAAGAGAGAUUCACGGAAGACGAGGAAGAGGAAGAGUCGCGGGUGGGAGUUUCCGUGGGAUACGGCUGUUGCCCCGGAGGAGGAUGACGGGUGGAGGGCGCCGUCUGUCGACCAUACACCCACGGGCACUCCUGGUUACAACCAGACCCCGGUACAAGUACAGCCCUCUGUACCUAUCUCUUCGACACCAGUUCCCGCACUCCCACAAUCCAAUGUCCCCGUUACCGUCCGUCUACCACCAGGCUUCGACUCCAUGUUCUCCAACCCUAACCCAUCGCCACAAUCACCACCAUCAGCGCCACUGGCCCAGAAGACGCCAUACCAAUCCACCUCCCCCGCACCAGCAGUAGCAGCAACAGCAACAGCUACAUCCACAGAACCGAACAUGAUGACUGCUCUCCUAGAAACACUAGGAAAACUAAACAAGCACCUCGACGCGAAUCCAGACCCGCGUGCUGCCCUUGCCCCUGGGCAACAGAAUCACCAUCUUAAUGGCAAUGAGCAUAAUACAGAAAACAUAAUGUCUACCCCACUUGGUCUGCUCAAAGAAGAGCUCAAGCGGGAAGUACGCGAAGAACUCUGCCGGGAGAUUGAGCGAGAUCGCGCGUCGUUGGAGGAAAAGCUCGAUUCGGUGCAGAGGACGCAGGAGAUGAUUUUGGAGAUGCUGAGGCAGGAACCUGCCUAA